GCCCUCGCGUUUCCGGAGACCGCGGGCGCUCGCGUGUUCUCGCGAGAGGCGGGAAAGGGCGCAGCGUUUGAAACAUGGCGGACGACGUGGACCAGCAACAAACUACCAACACCGUCGAGGAGCCCCUGGAUCUCAUCAGGCUCAGCCUGGAUGAGCGAAUUUACGUGAAAAUGAGAAAUGACCGAGAGCUCCGAGGCAGAUUACACGCUUACGAUCAGCAUUUAAAUAUGAUACUAGGAGACGUGGAAGAAACUGUGACUACCAUCGAAAUUGAUGAAGAAACCUAUGAAGAGAUCUAUAAAUCAACGAAACGGAAUAUUCCAAUGCUCUUCGUCCGGGGAGAUGGCGUUGUGCUAGUUGCCCCUCCGUUGAGAGUAGGCUAACACAGAGAACGUGCUCUGCAUGGAAACCAGGAGACUGUACACUUACCUCGCUAAGUGCACAGGACCUCCAGAGGAGGGACACACAUACCUUCUGAUAUGGUCCGAGGAGUCUUUCACUCCUACGUGAGCCAACUGAUAGAGAACUCAUGACUUCCUAGGCUGAUGGCGUUUUUAUUUUUCUCCAACUCUUCCAAUAAAUGCGAUCGCUAAGAUGCAAACUCUUUCAGGAGUGGCUUUGCUCCCUUGUGCUUGCUGAUUCCUUUCAAUUAAAUGUGACGUUUACUUUUGCUUUUUUAAA